AUCUGUCGCAGUUGGGGACACCGACAGCCAGUUGGGGUGUGUGGGCGUAUCUCAUGCUGAGUGGGCGUAUUCCCAUGCUGCGUAGACGAAUUACAUGCUGCGUGGGCGUGCCUAGUCAGAUCCGGAAGCGGAAGCAGCAAAGCUGUCGCCGGCUAGGGGGAGAUGGUUGCCUUUCUGUGCGCAGUGUGUCGGAAAACCGUCUUCUGCGGCAGGAGGAAGCAUGCCUAUGGGAAGGCACAUCGGGAGCAGCUCGCCUUGGUGCUACGUUCCUUCAGUGACAAGGUGACCCCCGCACGGAAGAUGAUUAAAGGGGCCACAAUAGUAAGGUUUGAUCCUCAGGAGCACGAGCGGAAAUUCUGGUGUCACUGUUGUGAGGAAGAAGUACAGAGACACACAAGUGAUGGCAGCCUGACCGUACUCUAUGGGGGGAUGUUGGAGCACUUACACAGACCAAGCCACAUAAAGGCGGUGAACAAGUUUUGGUGGACGCACCAGGCUGACGGCAAACUGAAGGCGCACUUUGUGAUCACUGAAGAUGAGUUUGGAAUGUUCAAGUCCUCAGUAACCAAAGCACUUGAAAGCUACGAAGAAACAGAAGAUGUUCUUAUUCAACAGGUUGCUGGUCAGAUUCGGGAGGUUGAACAGACCAGGCUGGAUCUAUUACAAACAGUCCUAGAGCCUGUGACACAGCCUACGGGAGAGGAAGAGGAGCCCUGGAGCAGCACUGAACGAGAGCCAUUUGGAAUGACGCCAGGUUUAGACAUGGAGAACGCCGGUCCCAGCAACGGACAGACCCUACCACGUGCAAACCAACCCGUGGGAUCAGAUCCACUUCUCACAUUUAUUGGUCACCAGGUGAUGUCUAACAACGGUAACAUCCACACAGGUGCCCUCCCUCCCUGGAUGGUCCCUGAUGAAGAGGUCACUGAAACGCAACGGGGGAUUGGCCCAUCUCUCGAGGACUUUUUAAAGCACAAGGAGAAGAUGAAGCUGAAAAAGCUUCCUCCCAACAGAGUGGGGGCAAACUUUGAUCACAGUGCCCCAACAGAUGAGGGCUGGCUUCCGUCCUUCGGUAGGGUGUGGAACAGUGGAAGGAGGUGGCAAUCCCGGCAUCAGUACAGAAGUGAGGCAGGAGACUCGGGUGCAAAGAGAAGGAAGACAGAAAAUAAAAUGUAAAUUGCAGCACAAGCUCCCAGAUUUGGAGGGACAUUAUUGUUUUUUUUUUUCCUUUUUUUGCAUAUUUAUUAUAUGUAACUAUUUGAUGCAUGUUUUGCAAAUACAGUUUUCUUUCCGUAAAAUAUACAGACUUGCACUUUAAAGGCCAAAACCUGACGUUAUCUACUUUAAUAAACUGUUAAAUGAG